UUGCAGAAGGAAGCGGUCUACGCGGUGGGGCGGGGCUUACUCACGCCCCGCCUCGUCGCCGGUUUCGGGGCGGGGGCUUCCUUCAACCUGCGCCGUUCCAACAUGGCUCCGCGGCUGUGCAGCAUCUCUGCGGCGACGCGACGGUUGAUGGGGCGCCCGAAGCCCGGAGCAGGGGACCUUGCGGCUGCCGCGCGCUUCUAUUCCAAGGACAAUGAAGGUAGCUGGUUCCGCUCCCUCUUUGUGCACAAGGUGGAUCCCCGGAAGGAUGCCCACUCCACCCUGCUGUCCAAGAAGGAAACAAGCAACCUCUACAAGAUCCAGUUUCACAAUGUGAAGCCCGAGUGUCUGGAUGCCUACAACAGCCUGACGGAAGCUGUGCUGCCCAAGCUGCACCUGGAUGAGGACUACCCCUGCUCACUCGUGGGCAACUGGAACACAUGGUACGGGGAGCAGGACCAGGCAGUACACCUGUGGCGAUUCUCAGGUGGCUACCCAGCCCUCAUGGACUGCAUGAACAAACUCAAAAACAACAAGGAGUACCUGGAGUUCCGAAAGGAGCGGAGCCAGAUGCUGCUGUCCAGGAGAAACCAGAUGCUCCUUGAAUUCAGCUUCUGGAAUGAGCCACAGCCCAGAGCAGGCCCCAACAUCUAUGAGCUGAGGACAUACAAACUCAAGCCAGGAACCAUGAUUGAGUGGGGGAACAACUGGGCGCGGGCCAUCAAGUACCGGCAAGAGAACCAGGAGGCAGUGGGCGGCUUCUUCUCGCAGAUAGGCGAGCUCUACGUUGUGCACCAUCUCUGGGCCUAUAAAGACCUACAGUCUCGGGAGGAGACUCGAAAUGCUGCCUGGAGGAAGAGGGGCUGGGACCAAAAUGUCUACUACACAGGUGAGUGCUUCUGCUGGGGCAUCAGCCUAGCCCUUGGAGGUCAUCUGCCAAGAGCCCAGUCUGAGGAUAGAAUCCCCUCUGCAAGGAAAUCAAGCCUCACUUGAUUACCUCUAGUGCUAGGAAGCUUUUAAGACAGUGAGUAGGUUUCGAUCUUGGUGGCACACUCCAUGUGAUUUAGGCAGUGGGUCUAGGUGAGUGCCUCAGGGGACGAAAACACAGGUGGUCCCAAUGCACUGUGGCCUCAGGCAUGGUUCUUCACACUGAGGGCUCAUCUGUAAGAUGGUGAUGGUGCCUCCCUUGGAGGGCUGGAUGGAAGAUUCUAGGAGCUAAUUUCUGGAAAGUGCUUCCAGACUGGCACAGAGGAGGUGCAAAUUUUUUGAGCAAAUUUUUUAUUCUCCAUGUUUGCUACCUUGCGGGGACCCCAGAGAACCACGUGAAGUCAGCAAGUGUUGAUUGUGUGCCAGGAACUGCAGUGGGUGGCUGGCUGGGGGACACAGAAUGAACAGAAGAAGCCUGUCCCUCCCCUUGAGCUUACACUUAAGGAUCCACACUUACCAGCUGGUGUGGGGGAAAAUGCAUCUCCUGAAGUAAUUAGCAGGAGCCUCAGUCUUGAAAGUGUGGUGCUGAAUGGCAGUAUCAGUAUCUCCUGGAAGCUUGUUAAAAAUGCCAAAUCUCAACCCCCACCCCCAGCUGCUGAAUCAGAAUCUGCACUUUAACAAGAACUGGAGGUAAUUGGUAAAGUUUGAACAAUUCUGAGCAAGAGGAGUCUGACCUCCUGGGUGACCUUGUGCUGACCUAUGGACUGCAGCCUCCCCAUCUAUAAAAUGUAUCUGUUGAACCAAAUCAGUGUUUUGCAAACAUUAGCCACUUGAGGACACCCUCAUAGCUUUUAUCCUCCUUCUAUACUAUGGCAAUAAUUAUU